AUGUGUAAUCGACAGCCUUCUGACGACAACUUUGAAGAACAGACUGAUGGUGAACUGAGAAACCCUUUACAGUUUUUCUUUGAGUACUUCGAUAAAAAAUUCUGGAAAAAUGUUGCAGGACAAACUAAUUUAUAUCAUUGCCAAAAGAACUCAAAAAAUCUGGAUAAAAAUACUAAUGAAAUUUUGUCCCUUCUCGGAAUUGAGAUAUUGAUGGGUACAUUGAAAUUGCCCCAGGCAAGACUUUGCUGGUAUAUGCAACUGGAUAUUCCACUUUUAUCAUCAACCAUGACAAGAGAUAGAUACUACAAAUUACGAAAUAAUCUGCGUUUUGUAAAUAAUUUGGGAGGUCAUGACAUGAUUCCAUUCACGGGGAGAUGUAAGAUGCGAACGUAUGUACCUUCCCGACAUAAUCCACUUGGCCUCAAAAAUUUUAUUUUAACCUCAUCAGAUGGACUUGUCCUUGAUUUUGCUAUAUACACUGGCAAAGGAACAAUUCCUGACAGCGAUCAAAAAGAACAUGGCCUGGGAGCGGGUAUACUCAAACUACUGGCUAGAACUAUACCCAAUGAUUACAAUCGUGUAAUUUACAGUGACAGAUUUUUCACCAGUUCAAAAUCUGCUCAGCUUUUACUAGACAGGAAUAUAUUUCAGACAGGAACUGUGAUGGCCAAUAGAAUAAAAGAAGCAGCUUCUAAGUUCAAGAGAGAUCAGGAGCUGCAGCGGGGGCAAUGGGAUAAGUACACAAGGGAGGACUAG